AUUUCUGGCCUGUAUAGGUAAUUAUAUAUUCCCAAGUGAAGGCUUCUAUGAAACUAUGUGAUGCAUGGUUAGACCUUCAACCAGGGUUUGUUCAUGUGGGGAAAGGAGAUGGGAGACCAACUUCAAGUUUCUUCCCUUUUGUAGUCUCUCCAUCCUCUAGAGCGGCUAUCUUAUUUGUCAUAUGCGUUGGAAAUAUUUCUAGAACAGAUGAAACUGAGGUUGUGAAGACAGAAAGUAUCUUGAAUAUUAAAUAUGGAAUCGAGGGUGAUAGAGCUGUCGGUGCACAUAUACCUGUGAAUAUAAAACCUGAAGGCAAAGAUGAGCUUUUGUUUAAGAUAGCACUUCCUUUACAACGGCCUGUGCUUGAUCCUUGCCUGGCGGUUGGAUUUCUUCCAUUUACCUUUGAUUGCCUGAGGGUUGGACAGCUAGUUGAUAUGAAAUGGAGACUUGAAAGGUUGAAAGAUCCAGAGGAAAUUCAAUCAUUUUUGUCCAAAGAUGAGCUACUCUAUGAAAUAGAUGCUAACCCAGAGAACUGGAUGAUUGCUGGGAGGAAGAGGGGACAUAUAUCUUUGGCUGCAACUCAAGGUUCAAGGGUAGUAAUCACUGUGAGUUGCUUGCCUCUGGUCUCUGGUUAUGUUCGUCCACCGCAGCUUGGACUGCCUGGCGUCGCUGAAUCCAACAUAAGCUGCAAUCCUGCUGGGCCUCACCUAGUCUGUGUGUUGCCACCAACUUUGAGUUCUUCCUUUUGUGUACCAGCUUGAUCUCUUAAAGGCUUAGUUUUCGGCCAUUUAAAUCUAUCUGGAUUCUCUCCUAUUUACUGGAUUAGAUCUUGAUGUUCCUGGUUGGAACUUGUGGUCUGUCAACCAUCCAGAUAAAUCUGAUUCAACUGGAGAAGAUGGAAGAAGGCAUCAGAGAUUAGAUUUAUGAAAUUCAAGUCUCUUAUGUAUUGUGGUGAGUGAACUUUUGAAGAAUUUUGGUUUUUGCCUGCCCAUGUAAAAAUUGAGAAAGUAAAUUAGAAAGAUUGUUUGAUUUAUGUAAAAGAGGCUAUGCAGGUGAUGAGUCUUGUCCUUUACAAAGUAAAAUUCUGCAUAUCAUUCUGAAGUUUACAUUAUCACAAGUCUUUAGUGAAGUUCACUGCAUAGGCUGACCUUCCAAAGCACUUUUUGUCUGUAUUCUAAUUCUGAAAGUAUCUCAUAUGUAGGAGAAAUUAUUAUGUGUGGAGUUCGGAUGUA